UGACACAACGAGUACAGAGUUUGCCAGGUCUUGUAAAGUGAGUGCACAGAAUGGAUAGGAUUCAGGAUGAAAAUGCAGUUCUCAAGGAAGGGUUUCUAGUGAAAAGGGGGCACAUUGUGCACAACUGGAAGACGCGCUGGUUUGUUCUCCAUCCGGACAGGCUUCUGUACUACAGAUACGAAGGGGGGAAGCGGGAGUCCUCGCCCAGAGGCAAGGUCAUCCUUGCGGAGUGCAAAGUUACCUGUCCCUGCCUAGAAUACGAGAACAGACCGAUGGUGAUUAAAUUAAAGACACAGAAAUCAACUGAGUAUUUUCUGGAAGCAUGUUCUCGGGAGCAGCGUGACAUGUGGGCGUCCAGCAUCACAGCGGCUAUCCACACGCUGCACCCCACGCAGGCUCUGAAACCAAAUCCAGAGCACUCGUCCAUACAACUGCACAACGUCAGCUUGAACCAGGUGGCGGAUUCAAUGCAAGACAUUCACAGUGGGAUCAAACUAAUGAACCACAUAGAACAAGGCAACUCUUUCAAGAAGUGUUUCACAGGCUCCGCUCUGGUCGACUGGUUGGUUUCUCUCAAUUUUGUGGUGACUCGUUUUGAAGCCGUGACGCUGUCCUCCACUCUGAUGGAUGAGAGCUUUGUGAAACCCAUAGGGAUUAAGAGUAUCUCGGCGAUCAGGAGCGGGGAGCUGUCCGAUCAGUUUCUCGAUGACUCUACGGCGCUAUACACCUUCACGGAGCGCUGCAAGAGGAAAGCCAGCGUGAAACAUGAAAUCAGUCUCUCGGCAGUGGAGCUCAGCGGAAGAGUUGUGAUUCAGGGAUAUUUGUUGAAGCAGGGACACAACAGAAAAAGCUGGAAGAUUCGAUUGUUCAUUCUGAGGGCGGAGCCUGGUUACCUGCAUUACUAUGAUCCCUCCCGCGACGACCAACGUCCAGUCGGAGGAUUUCCACUGCGGGGCUGUCUCGUCUCGGCACUCGAAGACAACGGAGUUCACUCGGGAGUGAAGGGGAAGCUGCAGGGCAAUCUGUUCAAAAUUAUAACUCGGAACGACAUUCACUACUACAUCCAGGCCGCCUCCAAGGAAGAGAGGCUGGAAUGGAUCAGCGCCCUCAAGCAGCUGACGUGUUAGCAGGACAAGAUUUCAGGGCUGGGACAGUCGUGAUGUGUGUGUUGAAGGAGCAAUGUUGUGUGAUGGUGAAAACCGUCUAUUCGUUACACCGGGUAAAAAGCAACUUGUUACAGAUGUGAAAUAUCCCAGUAAUCGUAACUAACGUCUUCUUCUAGAUUUACUUUGUAUUGUUUUCUGUUUCUGUCAUCGCAUCCAGGCCUUUACUUGGCUGUAUGUCUUAAAUCCAUUGCAGGCUAGAUGUUGAAGGGGGGCAUGUUAAUGGUGACACUCUGGUGUACCAAAGGCACUUGGAGAUUAGAUGUGCAUUCAUAUAGGAGUCACGUGUUAAUUAAGACUGAGAGCAGUCUGUUACUAGCCUCGCUUUCUUUAAGAAAUACAGCCCAGUAUCUCCAAUAGCUGUAGCUGGAAUCAGGAUUACUUCUUGGUAUCUGCCCUGAUUAUUUUGCUAUGCAUUCUGUGAGUGUACAAUUAAUGUAUAAUGCUCAUACUGAAUGAGCAGCUGUAGAAAGUUUUUUUUUUUUUUUUAAACAUAUUUACACCUAUACAGAAUACUCAUUUUUAUGGUCCAUGUUUUUAUUGUCUCUUUGUACACUGCCCUGUGAACCAGUGCUUGUACUUCAUAUUUUGUCCAGAGUCAAACAGUUUUAAUGUCACUUCAAUGGGGCCGAGCAGAAAUAGUGACAAUGAAAGCUGAUGUCAUAAAACAUAUUUUACUGUGUGAAACUCCAUAUGUAGCACUGUUGUGAUCACAAUACUGCAUUUAUUUAUGUAUUCAUUAUUCAGUGUUCUACAAUGAUGAACAUUAUAACACAACGCAAGCCAGAACAUUUCAGUAAACACCUUUUAACCUGCAACUACAUGUGAGCUCUCUAAUCGUGGGCUUGCAUCUCCAAGUCAUAGGAAGUGGAGUGAAAAUUGCUGACAGAUGCUGAUAUUACCAGGAGUGUGGUUAUAAUCAACUCAUAUGGAGCUGGCGCCUAUUGACUCCUAUUAUAUUGUCAUUCUUAUGCCAAUAUGUAGAUGAUAAGCAGAAAAGGACAAUCAUUAACUGGAUUAAUUUUAAACAGGUUUGA